AUGGUUUCUUGGAAUAACAUCUUCACCUUGGCCCUUGGGCUCAUUGGCUCAGCUCGUGCCUAUACCAACCCCAUCAGAAACCCAGGUGGUGGUGAUCCCCAGAUUACCUACACCGGAGGAUACUACUACCUCAUCUCGACAGAGUGGACAAACCUCCAGCUAUCCCGAGCUACCACUAUCGAGGGUCUCAAGACUGCUACUCCCAAGGUCAUCUACACAGACUCUGACCCUUCGCGCUCAUCCAACGUCUGGGCUCCGGAGCUUCACUAUCUCGGCGGAAAGUGGUACAUCUACUAUACUGCCGGAAAGUCCGAAGAUCUCACUGGCCAGCGGUCACAUGUUAUCAAGGGUGGUGCUAGUCCCUGGGAUAGUUGGUCCUAUGGAGCCAAGCUCUCUGAUGACUGGGGCAUUGACGGCACCAUCCUUCGCACCAACCAAUUCGGCAACUACUUCGUCUACUCUUGUAUGACCGGCGUGCAAUACCAGUCAACAUGCAUCCGUAAACUGGGCUCCGACUUCUUGUCCGUCGGUGCCCUAAGCAUCAUCUCCCAACCCGACCAAAGCUGGGAAAAGAGCGGAACUCCCGUGCAAGAGGGACCCAACGCCUUGUACUUCGGCGGAAAGACCUAUAUCUCCUACUCAGCCAACUACUGCUGGACUCCAGACUACUGCGUCGCUCUGCUCGAAUGGGAUGGAAAGACUGAUCCUGCCAAGGCCUCAGCAUGGAAGAAGUCCAAUGGUUGUGUUCUCAAGAGCGCGAAUGGAAGUUAUGGAACUGGACAUAACAGUUUCUUCCAGAGCCCUGAUGGAAAGCAGACUUUCAUCACCUUCCAUGCUACUUCCAACAAGAAUGGUGCAUGCGACGAUACCAGAUAUGCUAUGACGCAGCCGCUGACUGCCAAUGCUGAUGGAACACCGAACUUUGGGUCUGUUCAGCCUUUCUCUCACCAAUUUGCUGAGCCUUCUAGAUAA